AUGUCAGGCUUAUCAACUAAAAAUUUUUAUGGUUCAUCUAAAAAACGUAGUUCUUUCCAUUUAGUACCAUCGUCAUCAACUUCCUGCAAAAAACUAAGACGCGAACCAUGUCAUUUAACUAAUGUUAAACGAUUACUGGGACCUCCAAUUGGAUGGAAAAAUUUUCCUAGACAGCAAGAAGCAUUAGACUAUGCAAAAACCAAAUCAUCUGGUUGUAUGUCAUUUACAUAUGAACAAAGCAAUGGUCAACGAUAUUUUAUGGUAGCACACCCUGAAACAUUUUGGUACUAUGAUUCACGUAAACCACAGAACGAAAGACACACGUAUGAGAUUAUAGCAGAAGGUAAUCCAUGCAAGUUAUAUUUUGAUUUAGAAUUUAAUCGAAAGAAUAAUCCAGAUUCAGAUGGUAAUAAAAUGAUAGAAACUUUUGUGAAAACUAUAAUAAUAUUUGUAAAACAAAAAUUUGAUGUUGUGUGCAAUGAAGAAGAUGUUCUCGAUUUAGAUUCAUCAACAGCAGAAAAGUUUAGCCAUCACUUAAUAUUCCAAUCUUUGGUUUUCUCUAAUAAUCUUCAAGCUGGUAGUUUUGUUAAAUUUAUAUGUUCUGAAAUCAAUAAAUUUUUAUCUGAAGAUCACAAUUCAGAAGAUAAUGGUUGUUUUUAUAAUGGGUUAACUACAAAAGAUCUUCUAAGUUUAAAAAUUGACAAAGGUUUGUUUUGUGAUGAAAGUGUAUAUUCUAGAAACAGACACUUUAGAUUAUUUAAUUCAUCAAAAUUUAAAAAAAAUAUACCUUUAGUACUGAGCAAAAGUAAUAAAUAUAAACCGCCAGAAAUACCACACUGUGAAGAUUGCUUUGACAAACAAAUAUUUUUAAAAUCUUUAAUAACAUUUGGUUGUGAUGGUAAAGUAUUAUUGAACUUCACUAACACAAUGACAAAUGAAAUUGGUGUUAAUUCACUAGGUGAGCAGAUACAUUGUGGAACAAAAAAUAAAAGUGAUGAAUGUCAAUCAUCUUAUGCAAGUUCACCUUUUCCACGCAUUGAUAAAUAUAUAUCCAAUCUUGUGUUCCCAGGGAAAAUUUUUAGAAACCAUUACUUUCCAUCAGUAAACAAAAUAGUUUAUAGUAUUGUAAAGAACCGUUAUUGUGGAAAUGUAAAACGACAACACAAAAAUAAUAAUGUUAAAUACAUAGUCGAUUUGAAUGAAAUGUAUUGGUAUCAAAAGUGUUAUGAUCCAGACUGUGAGCAAUAUCGAUCAAAUGGUACCAAAUUACCAGAUGAAAUAUGUUUCGAGUAUGCUAAUCGUGUUGUUGAUAAUUUAUCUGACAGUCAAUUAAUACAAAUCGCAGAUGAUGCUCAGUUGACUUAUAAUUUUACUAAACAAUAA